AUGAUUUCCCCUCCCGUUCUUUCUUGCCAUCUAGACUUUGGAUUCGUUCACGGCCGCCGGUGCCUAUCUUGUUGUUUCGUUUUGGAAGGCUUGGUUGGUUUACUUGUACAGCGUUCAAUCUCUUCCUAGCUAGCUAGAUAGAUCUUUCAUCUUGCACGGUAACAUGCUACAAGACACGCGCCAAUGUUUCUUCUAAGCAGCCACAGUACUUUGUUAAGAGAGAUCGUAGCAACUUUUGGUUGCUUUGUUUUGGGAAUACAAAAACGAUCUUGCUAUCAGAUUUAGUUUCUUCUCAACCAAAAAUAAAAAGAUUUACUUUCUUCUUUUUCCCUUCGAGGAAUGAAACUGCAGAGAUAAAUUGCUUUUGCGUGGAGCUGUUAAUUCCAUCCCAGCCCAGCAGCUGCGAACUGGUUCUAAAGCGAUCUACUUCUUGCUUUGAGUUCCGGGCUGAGACUAAGAAGAGGUCGAGAUGGGGAGGGGAAGGAUUGAGAUCAAGAGGAUCGAGAACACGACUAGCCGGCAGGUGACCUUCUGCAAGCGCCGGAACGGGCUCCUCAAAAAGGCCUACGAGCUCUCCGUCCUGUGCGACGCCGAGGUGGCGCUCAUCGUCUUCUCCAGCCGCGGCCGCCUCUACGAGUACUCCAACAACAGUGUCAAGGCUACAAUUGACAGGUACAAGAAGGCACAUGCUUGUGGCUCAACCUCUGGGGUACCUCUCAUAGAAGUCAAUGCUCAGCAAUACUACCAGCAAGAAGCUGCAAAGCUGCGCCACCAGAUCCAGAUGCUGCAAAGCACUAACAAGCACUUGGUUGGUGAUUCUGUUGGGAACCUGUCACUCAAGGAGCUGAAGCAACUCGAAAGCCGGCUUGAGAAAGGCAUUGCGAAGAUCAGGGCCAGGAAGAAUGAGCUCCUAUCUUCUGAGAUCAACUACAUGGUCAAAAGGGAGAUAGAGCUUCAGAGUGACAACAUUGAUCUCAGAACCAAGAUUGCGGAGGAGGACCAGCGGAUGCAGCAGGUGACUAUCGCCAGGCCCUCGGCGGCGCCGGAGCUGAACCCUUUCACCGCACUGGACAUGAAGUGCUUCUUCCCUGCCAACCUCUUCGAGGCGGCGGUGCAAGCGCACGCGCAGGCACAGGCUCAGGCUCAGGCUCAGGCUCAUGCUCAGGCCUCGCUUCAGCUGAACCUAGGCUACCAGCAGCUUGCUCCACCGGGCGCGGGCGAUGUGGCUCAUCAGUUCUAGUAAACCUGCAGGAGCUCUUGCUUGACUACACACACUGCAAUAAAACUGGAAAGUGGUCGGCAGUGUUAUCAGUACUCAACUGUUCCGGUCAAACCGUCUGGCUAAGAUAUAUGUGUGCCAAGUUUUAUUGUCCCAAGUACCUCUAAAUUUGCCGCUGGUGUAGAACCAAAUUUCUGAGAAUUACUCACGUAUAUUCUGACGAAUUGCUA